ACCGACGGAACCGGAAGUUCCUCAUGUUGUGAGCUGAACCAGCCUCGAGCCUCCGAAUAAUGGAAUAAUCUCCUUCAAAACUUUAAAAACGAUGCUGCACUGAGAACCACACGUCGGAAAACUGGGCAUCGGCCCUGUUUAUGUGUCUGAGGACUGCAGUCAUUUGCUGCCAUUAGGAUCAUGAAUCAAAAUAAUGUGUUUGGAGGUUCGCAAGGGGGCGCCUUCCAAGCCCCCAACAACACCAACAAGCCGCCCGGCCUCUUCCACGCCUUUGGACAGCAGAGCACCGGGCAGAGUCAGCCUCAGCCAAUGGCUUUUUUCCAGCCGUCCACAUUUGCUCCGACCCCAAAUUUAAACCAGGCGCCCAGUUCCAUGUUCGGACAGACACCGGCUUUUGGACAACCAUCUGUAUUCGGGCAGUCCUGUGGGCAGCCGUCCCCAAUGAGCCAGGCUCCAUCUUUCGGACAGCCAUCUGUUGGACAGAGUAGCUCAGGGUUUAGCACCAGUUCCACUCCAGCUUUCGGACAGACAAGUGGAUCCGGCCAAGCUUGGUUCGGGCAAACGCCCGAGUUUGGCCAGUCGUGCACAUUCGGUCAGACUCCAGGGUUUACCCAACCACCCACCAGCUUUGGCUUGCCGUCGGCUACGGCCCCCACCAAUACGCCUGUCUCCACCCAACCAGCAAGCUUUGGACAGUCAGCCUUUGGUCAGCCCUCCACCACUGUGAACGCCAGCACAUUCAGUACUGUCCAGGGUGUAACCCAGCAGGCUAAAGGCUUCGGAUCUACUGACUUCAGUUUCAAGCCUGCCAAUGAAGUUUUGUUCAAGCCUAUUAUCAACGCUAGCCCAGAAACGACAAAUCCCCUUACCAACACAGGGCCAGCUCAGACCUUUGGAGCCAUGCUCUCCCAGACCACUGCCAGCACCAUGGAGAGCAGUAGCACAGCCACCACCACUGGGGCCACUGUUUUCCCUCUGCUGACUGGAGCAAAGAGUGGCACCCUAGGGUUUUGCUUCUCCCAACCCACCGCAGCGCCCUCCAUCCAGGCCCACAAAGACCCAAUGACCACCGACAACAGUGGCGAUUCGACCAGCGCCUUAAAGUUCACCUUCUCUCAGCCAGCCUCCCCCUCCAGCACAACCACAGCAGUCACCACCACCACGGCCCAGCCAACCACCCCUUCCUCCUUCAGCUUCUCCGCCAAAGUCCUCCAGCCCCAAGCGGCAACGUUGUUUGGCGGCGCCGUCUUUGGCCAGACUUCGGCGUUCGGCGAACCCAAAGCCAAGCCCGAGCCCGCCGCGGAGGUGAAGGGAGCCAAGCAGGGCGGCGCGCUGGAGCCCAAUGUCUUCUCGCGGCUUGGGAAAGGCACCAAGCGAAAGGAGGACCCGGAAUCACGGCCCGUCUCGGGCUCCGAGAAGCUGCUGACGGAGGACCAGAGCUCCGCUACCACGGGGGACUCCGCUACGAGACACCCGCCCAAGAGGGCCCUGCUGAGGUCGCGCGGCCCAGCCGUGGGGCUCUUCGGCCGGGCGAUGAGCGGACUGAUGAAGAACCCGUCGGGCGGCGUCAGGAGAGAGGAGGGUCAGGCGUCCGAGAGGGGGGAGGGGGAGAGUGGGGACGGCCCAGGGCAGGUUGUCCUGCAGGGGGCCGCUCCACCCCGGUCUCAAGCCCCCAUCCGGGAAGUGCUGGAGAAGGCUGGAGACUCUGUUUCAGCCAAGACCCCAGAGCCGGCGGCGGAGGCGGAGCCUGAACAGGUCACGCCCACUCGUCGCACGCGCCGCAGCGAGAGCUCAGAGAGCGGCUUGGGCAUGUCCCCGUCGGACUGCACCGCCUUCCAUUGUAAGAACGUCCCCCCCGCUCUCAACAAGAAGGAGGUGAUGGAGAAGCACUUCGGCCGCUUCGGGAAGGUCCGCAGGGUGUUCUGUCGACCCCACAAGAACCUGGCCAUCAUUCACUUCCAGGACCAUACAUCUGCAGCAAAGGCAAAGAAGAAGGGAAAAACGCUGCAAAGGCAUGAACUCCAGAUUUUCUGGCAAAGGAAGAGGCAAAGUUCCGGGGAGCCAGAGAGAGAGGAGCAGACGGAGAGGAAGAACCUCCCUGAUGAGUUACACUCAGGCUCCUCCCCCCAACACCGGCCCCAGACCAGGGCUUCCUCGCUGGGCAGCUCUGCCAGCAUGAUUCGCAGUUCUCCAGUGAAAAAGCCUUCCAUUGCCAAGUCCCUGCAGUUUGACAGCGAUCCCCAACAGGAAGGCUCCUCCGACAGCCAAUCGCUGAGCUCCGAGCGCUCCGUGCCCUCCUCUCUUCUGCCCCUGAUUGGCCAGACGGCGGAAACGGCGGAUGAGAAGUACCGCCUCCUUGAGCAGCGGGACAAGAUCAUGCGGCAAGGGCGUCCCAAGCGUACAGACCUGGUCCUGUCCAAGGUGUUUGUGGGGACGUGUCCUGACAUGUGUCCUGAGAAGGAGCGCUACAUGAGGGAGACCCGCAACCAGCUGAGCUGCUUCGAGCUGGUCCCCGAGACGGAGAUGGUGGACCACCGUGCGGCCAUUAAGGAGUACAGCAGGUCGUCUGCGGACCAGGAGGAGCCCCUCCCCCACGAGCUGCGGCCCCUCCCUGUGCUCAGCCUGACCAUGGACUACCUGGUCACCCAGGUCAUGGACCAGGGCCCUGACGGCUACCGGGACUGGUACGACUUCGUCUGGAACCGGACCAGAGGCAUCCGCAAGGACAUCAUCCAGCAGCACCUCUGCUGCCCCGAGACGGUGGCGCUGAUCGAGAAGUGCACACGCUUCCACGUGCACUGCGCCCACCAACUGUGCGAGGAGAGCAUGAGGACGUUCGAGCCCAAGAUCAACAACGAGAACCUGACCAAGUGCCUGCAGAGCCUGAAGGAGAUGUACCAGGACCUGUCGGAGCGCCAGGUCUACUGCCCGCGGGAGGCCGAGUUCCGGCUGUACAACGUGCUCCUCAACCUUAACGAGGGAGACACCCUGCGGGAGGUGCAGCAGUUCCGAGACGAGGUCCGUAACUCCCCGGAGGUGAAGUUUGCUGUGCAGGCGUUCGCUGCGCUCAACAGCAACAACUUUGUGCGUUUCUUCAAGCUGGUGAAGUGUGCUUCGUACCUGGCCAGCUGCCUCCUCCACCGAUACUUCAACCAGGUGAGAUCCAAGGCUCUGCUGACCCUGAACAUCGCCCACACAGUGGGCUCCCAGCGGUCCACAGCGUUCCCCGUGGAGGACCUGGCCCGGAUGCUGAUGUUCCCAGAUGUUGAUGCGGCGUCCAACUUCGUCCAGCAGUACGGCCUGGUGGUCAGCGACGGCGUGGUGGAGCUGAGCCGCACAUCCUACCAGGACCCUGAGUCGUUGUCCCUGAAGAAGUCAGCGUUCAUCCUGGGGAAGAGGUGUGUGCUGAUCGGAGAGGUGGUGAACGGAGGGCCGCUCCCAAGCCCCCCCCAGCACAUCCCCGUCUGCAGCUUCGAUGGCAACAAUAGGUACCGAGGAGAGGGAGGCACGCCCCCAGAGCCUUCCUCCAGCCAAUAUCGAGCCCCCAUCGCCACCGCAACCACUGUUGCCAUGGCAGCGGCUCCAGAGACCAGCAUCUUCUCCUCCGAGUUCGCUCAAGACCCCAGGGCUCUGCAGGAGGUCGAGGCCCUGCCCCCGCCGCGGCCGUCUAGGCUGUUUGGAGACCAGCAGCCGGCCCAGCCUGGCUCCCUGGCUGAUGCGUGUGCUGCCCCCUUGUUAGGGGAGGCCAGCCUGGCCGGCUUCCCCCCCAGCGGUCUGGCCAUGCCGGUGAACCCCGCCCUGCAGCUCUUCCAGCCUCUGUUCCCGCCCCAGGCCGUCAAAGCCCCAUCACCCCUACCUCUGCCAGUGCAGCCCCCUGCGCCCAAACCACCAGCCUAUAGCGAUGAGGACAUCGUGUCUGUGGUGGAGAGCCUCCUGGAGGAGGAGGUGGACUCGGCGGUCAGAGAGGUGUCCAGUGCGGGAGCACACUACGCCAGAGUGGCUCUGUCGGAGAGCAAUGUGCAGGUGGAGGUGGUCCUGAGCGAGGUGAUUGGCCAGGUGUUGCAGGAAGUGUCUUCUGAGGAGAUCCAAUUGGAAGCCUCACGUGUUGCCGAGGAAAAACGCAGAAUAGAGGAGGCUCGGAGAAAGCAGGAGUGCGAGGCCUUCCUGGUCCAGUUCAGCUUCUCUCUCUGUGCUGAGGUCCUGAGGGACGUCCUGGCCGAGAGCAUCCAGCAGACCGCCAGGGAACAGAUCCAGGAGGCUGAGAUAGACCAGAGGGAGCUGGAAGCACUGUGCACAGAGCAGGUCUGCACCGGUCUGUUGGAGGAGACCCUGGACACAGAGCUCACCCUAUUGGCUGAGGAGGUCCUGGAGGCGGAGCUGCAGCACAUCCACAAGUACAUCAAAAGGUGGCGUGACGUGGUGGCCGUGCGGCGGCGCCUCAAGAGGCAGAUGCGGGGCUUCCCGGCGGCCCCCUGUGGCGUGGACCCCCGCUGCAAGCUGUGGGCGCUGGCCCCCAGCGCUCCUCAGCAGCCCUCCCUCUCCCAGCUGGCCCGCGGGCUGGUCAACCUGGGCAACGCUGGGGACAUGACCCUCUCCAGCACAAGGCAGCUGAGAAUGAGACAGCAAACCCUCCACCAGAUGAGAGUUCACUACUACUACCAGCGGCUCCUGGACGAGGCGGUUUGGGCUCCGCUGGACUUGCCAGGGUUGGUGACGGACAACAUCCCAAACCCCCCCGAUAGAAUAUUCUGGAAGGCCACCCUGCUGUUGCCCAGUGACCACGAGAGUGUCGCUAGCCUUGCUGACCGGGUGCUUUCUGAUUGGCUGGAGGUGAAGCUGGGAGGCGGAGAGGGGUUGGAGGUCAAAGAGAAGCAGGUGGAUGGGACGCUGCAGACGCUGCGUGUCACCAACGCGCUAAAGGAGGUUGGAGAGCGGGCGCACAAGGUCCACCUCAGCAUCAAGGUGUCCCGCGGCCCUCUGAGCGAUGAGGGUUUCUCCCAGAUGGAGGAGAGCAGUGAGCUCCAGGGCACGGGGGCUCUGCUGCUGUUGCUCCCCGCCUUGCCCUGCCCCGUGGAAGGGCAGGACGACCAGGACGUCCCCCUGCUCUCGGCCUUGCUCCAGCUCAAACAGCUCCAGCAGGCCAGCGCCUGGCACAUCCCGUUACCGCUGGUCAUACUGGUACCGGGAUCCCAGCACCACAGCACCAGUGAAACGCACAAUCUAGAAGAAGCUCUGAUGCUGCAGACCCUGGUUGAGGAGGGCCUGAUCUCUGAACACGUGUUCUAUCACAUCCCGGAGAGCACCAGUGACAUGCAGGCCUCCCACCAGCUGACCCAGGCCAUGCGCUGGCUCCUGGCCCGCGCCCCCCCGCCCCGCCCCCUCUCCUGCCAGACGUUGGUCCAGUUCGUGGAGGCGGGCCUCAGCCAGCACUUCAGCGGCCGCCUGCAGGCCCAGCGCCGGGAGCGGGCCUCGGUCGGCCUGCCCUCCCUGGACCCGGCGCCGGUGGUCUGCCUGUACAACGCCGUGCUGGCCCACCUGGCAGACGCAGUGUCCUCCCCGGAGCUGCUCAGCCUCUGCUGGCCCCCGGGGGCCCACCUGGGCUGGAACUCGGCCCAGCACCUGGCCUGGCUGCGCAGCGCGGUGCUGGGCCUGAGCAUCCCCGACUGGGACAUGCCGUCCGCUACCGCCGGCUGGUCCCAGCUGCAGUCCUCCGUCCUCCGCUACGCCUCCCAGAUCCCCGGGACCCCCCACGGCCGGCCCCUCCUCGUGUCCCGGCUGGAAAACCUCCUUGGGAGGGUCCGCCAGCAGCACUACCAUCCGGGCCCCGCCACCCACCGCCAUCGCCGCUCGUCGCCCCGUCGCAUGUCCUGGGGGGGGCGGGACGACCGCCACGGGCCUGGAUACAACCAGGUGCCCUGGGACGACCUGCUGGUGCUGUGCAUCGACCACAGGCUGAAGGACUGGCCCAGCCCCGACCUGCCCGUCUGCCAGGAUGCGGUGACAGAGGACGGGGAGGUGCUGGUGUACUUUCUCACAGAUUCCCUGAAGCACUUCGAUCCCCCUGAGGAGUGGAGCCAGGCGGUCCGACUCACACACCGGCAGAAACGGCUGCAUACAGAAGGAGGCUGCGAUGCCAGCGAGGGGACCCCUAGCUCUCUGUCCCUGAGACAAAGGCUGUUUGACUGCCUGGCAGCGCCCCAGGCCGCCCUCUCCUCCACCCCCAGCCUGGACAUCACCCACACCUCCUCAGCCCAGGAGCUGCUGCCUGGACUGGUGCUCCGCGGCCUGGAGGAGGAGAAGGCCCACAGCCAGAGGAGCAUUGAGCAGCUGAAGCGCUGGUUGACCUCCGACCCCCCGGAGAGCCUGUCCAUGCCUCUGUUCAUACCCUCCUCCACGCUGCUCUCCGCAUCCCCCCCCGCCGUGCCCUCUAGCAAGGCUAGAUCAUCGAGAGCCCCACUCACAAAAAAAGCAAAGUCCUCGGAGGACUGUACUUUUGAUGACGGACCGGGCCAGACCAGUUUGUCCCCGGUAACCAUGGCGCAGAGGCUCCAGGACAUCCAGCGCCAGAUCCUAGGGAGCCAGGAGGAGGAGCUGGCCUGCAGACUGAGGCUUGACGGCAUGCUGGGCAUCGUGGACGACUGAUCACAUGACCCAAACUGCUUCAUGUCAUGUGACCCAGCAGCUAGUGUUCUGCCACCGCAAACUGCCCUCAGUGGACUGGAAGGGAUGCCUGUCAAGAAUGUAGAAGCACUCUUGGAAAUGUCAGUUGUCGUUUUUCUUUCCUCUUGAGAUGCCAGGUGUGUUUUUAUUUCGUUUUUAAAUAGCUUAAUGGUCUUAUGGAAGGAAGACAUAUCCUGCAAUAGCCUGUUUUCCUUCCCAUUUUUUAUUUCUGUACAAUUAGUAAAACCUUUUGAAUGUUUUUGUUUGUGUAUCUAUGAAUUUUUGUCUUUUUGCUUUCUGCAUGACGUUGUCUAUAAAAUGAGAAUAUGCUGUUCUGAGAGAUGUUUUAUCAACGUAUGGAUAUGAUUUUGUGUCUCAUGUUUUUCUGGACUUGGACGUAUCAAAUUAGAAUUAAAUAAGUACUUAAGUGUGCUAUUUUUUAAGCAUGUAUUUGUCAGUCAUAAUAAAUACCGUAUUUUUUA